UACCGCGUGAAGUAAUUUAAUACCGAACCCCAAGCACUUUACUGUAUCAUCAGUCAGUCAGUCGGCGUCAGUUAGUCAGAGGUAGAGGUGGUGUCAAGAUCGCGAUCGCAUACGUCCGCGUAGUGAAUCGGUUCAUUAAUUCAAGCUCACUAGAAAACGAUGGCACUGCGAUGGUUAGCGGCUUCAGUUAAACUGCAUCGGGGUCACCGAGCGGGGUGGAUCAGAUGCGCCCAGACGGUUCGCACCCAAUCGACGCAGGAUCAGGACCAGCACGAACGGCGCCAGAGCUACGUGCAUCACAUCGGUAGCAAACCGCUCGUCUACCGAAACGUUGGUCAGCACCUACGGCUGGCGGCCGAGCGGUUCCCGGACAAUGAAGCGGUCGUAUCCUGCCACGAAUCCACCCGUCUCACCUUCUCCGCCGUCCUCGACAAGGUAGAUCGUCUGGCGGCUUCCUUUUAUCAGCUCGGUCUGCAGCAGGGCGAUCGGGUCGCUGUUUGGGCACCGAACGGGAUCCUGUUCUACCUCACCAACCUGGCGGUGGCACGUGCCGGUAUGAUUUCGGUCGGCAUAAACCCAGCGUACCAGGUGCUGGAGCUGGAGUACUCACUGAACAAGAUCGGUGCCAGGGCGAUCGUGGCCACCGAAGGGUUUCGGCAGGCGAACUACUACGGCAUGCUGUCCCAUAUCGCUCCCGAGCUGGCCACAUCAAAACUGGGCCAACUGACCAGCAAAUCGGUUCCUUCGCUCCGGAGCGUCAUCAUCGAUAGCAAGAAGAAGCUACCAGGAGCGUUCCGGUUUGACGAUCUGUUCGAGCUGGCGGGCGAGCAGGACAUCGCGAAGAUCGAACGGCUGCAGCCACGGAUCUCGCCGGACAGUGGCGUCAACCUGCAGUUUACCUCCGGCACGACGGGAAGUCCGAAGGCGGCUCUGAUGUCACACUAUGGCUUCGUCAAUAAUGGGUUGCACAUCGGCGAGCGUCACGAGCUCGACCGGAAGGAGCACCGGAUGUGCGUCCAGGUGCCACUGUUCCACGCGUUCGGCAUGGUGAUUGCCCUGAUGGCGAGCAUCUCGUACGGCUCGACGGUGGUUCUUCCGUCGGCCGGCUUCAAAGCGGCCGAUUCCUUGGCUGCUAUCGUACGGGAAAGAUGCACGGUAAUCCUCGGAACACCGACCAUGUAUGUCGAUCUGGUGCGGCGCAUCGUCGAGUCCGGGGCCCGGCUGGAGACACCGGAAAUAGCGACCACCGGUGGGGCUACCUGCUCGCCGAAGCUGUUUGCCGACAUGAAGCACACGCUCGGUGUACGGAAGGUAAAAACGGUGUUCGGAAUGACGGAAACGACGGCUGUCAUCUUCCAGUCGCUCCACGAGGAAACUCCGGAGGAUGUACAGGAAACGGUGGGUCACGUAACCGACCAUUACGAGGCGAAGGUGAUCGACACCGCCGGCCACACUGUGCCAUUCGGGGAAGCCGGAGAGCUCUGUGUCCGCGGAUACGGAACGAUGCUCGGGUACUGGGGCGACGAGGAGAAGACGCGUGAGACGAUCGGGGCAGAUCGGUGGCUGAAGACGGGCGAUCGAUUCGCGCUGCGGGAGGACGGAUAUGGUAAGAUCGUUGGACGACUGAAGGAGGUCGUGAUACGGGGUGGAGAGAACAUUUACCCGAAGGAGGUGGAAGACUUCCUCAACACGUACCCGAAGAUCCUGGAAGCGCACUGCGUCGGGGUGCCGGAUGAACGGUUGGGCGAGGAGCUCUGUGCCUACGUCCGACUGAAGGAUCCCUCCGAGCGAAUAGAUCGCGAGGAAGUGCGACGGUACUGUGAAGGGAAACUGGCAUACUAUAAGGUGCCAAAGUAUGUGCGCGUCUUGAACGAACUGCCCAAAACGACCUCCGGGAAGGUGCAAAAGUUCAAGCUGCUGGAGCUCUUUACGAACGAACAGGAACAUGCUCAGAAAUAAACAACUCAGUUUUAUAUUCU